AUGACAUAUCAGUUAUAUACAAGCGAACAAGUACUUGAUUCUACUGAACAUUGUAUGGUCGUUCUUGAUAUUACUGAAAAAGAUUUUCGAUCAAAUCCUUCUCUCGAUCGGUAUAUUCAAUAUUGGUUUAUUGAUGUUGAUGAUCUUAUUGAUUUUAUUCUUACUGGUACUUAUACUAAAAUAACUCUUAUUAUUUCUCCGCUUUUAAUAAAUAUUACAUUCGAUAUUCUACGUCCUCUGCUUCCUCAGAUUAUUAGAAUUAUCAUCAUUGGUAAUGGUUCGUUUUCUGGUAGCCAUGCUGAACAUUAUGAACAUGCGCAAGCACUCGUCAAUAAUAUUCAUAAUAACAUUCGCCAACAACGACGCCUAUAUAUUACAUUCGACUCAUGGCCCGUAGAGCGAUCAUCGAAUGACUUGAAUUCAGAUACAGCUAAAUUUCUCUGGUACAAAUACUAUUUUAAUAUACUUUCACGUUUAACAAAUACAGCUGUAGCAAGACGUGAAAUGUUAGACUGUGUACGAACAUUUCACAAGCGACAAACUGACGUAGUUAAAAAGUCAUGUGAAGAAUUUGAAAGAGAAUAUAAUUCAAAUGAUAUUGUAAAAUGGUAUACUCGAGAUUCUUUUUGUUAUCUUCUAUUGAAUCGAACACUUCGUUCAGAAGAUAUUAAUCAUAUUUUUGCUAUGCGUUAUAUUAUCUUCGAUUUAGAAAAUUGCUUCCAGCGGCCUGACCACAAAUCAGUAGAAUAUGAUUUUGACACGGUAUUUCGUGGGCAACAAAUGAAUCUUUCAGAAAUGCAACAGAUAGAAAAUAAUGUUGGUGGUCUGAUUGGUUUAACAGCCUUUUGGUCAACCACUCGCUCAUGGAACAAAGCAUUUCGUUUUACUGAAAUAUGGCCACAUAAUCGAACGGAUGCAGUCGAACGUGUCCUUUUCACCAUUCGUAUAUCUUCUGCUGUUCAACAACCUGUUUUUAUGGAUAUAUCAAAGUUUAGUACAUUUGAUUGUGAAUUGGAAGUUUUAUUCUCGAUGCGUUCUCUAUUUCGAAUCGAGAAAGUCAAUCACAACAAACAUGACAGUAUUUGGUACGUCGAUUUGACUUUAAUCGACGAGAAUAAUGAUCAGUUUCUAUCAAUCAUGCAGCCAUGGUAUUUCAUGACAAAUAAUAUUAUCAGUUCACGAUCAUUCUUUAUAUCAGCAAUCGAACAACAAGGUUUCUUUCGUAAUUUAACGCAUUAUAGUUUUCCUUUUCUUGCUUUUCAAUUGUUUGUUGAUAUGAUGUUACGAUUAGAUCGAACAGAAUUUGCACGUGAUGAACUUCUGGAAGUUUGCAGAGAAAAAUAUUCUAAUAAUCCGACUGAAUUGAAACGAAUUGACGAUUUCGAGCAUACAUACGACUCCAAACAUGCAAUAAAAUGGUACACAACAGAUUGCUUCAUCUAUCGAAUCAUUAAUGAAUCAUUAAGAAUUGAAAGUGUCGAUCUAACGUUCAAACUUCGAUACUUCAUACGUGAUCUUCAUAAUCAGCUGGCUGAUAUGCAAAUUGAUUUUGAUCGUUUAUUGCCACACAAUACAUUUAUUUUGACACUCUAUCGUGGUUUACGAAUGCAUUUAAAUCAAUUUGAAGAAAUAAGAAAAAAUAAAGGGAAUCUUGUUUCAACAAAUUCUUUUUUAUCGACAACAAGCGAUUAUGUAGCAGCCUGUUUCUUUGCUGGUGAUGGAAAUGUAGAUCAAGAUCAUGUUUCAGUCAUAUUUGAAAUAACGGUAAAUGCUAAAGUCAAACAUUCGAUACUGUUUGCUAAAAUUGAGUAUCAAAGUAUUUUUAAAGAUGAAGAUGAAGUUCUAUUUUCAAUCGGUGCGAUUUUUCAUGUGGAUGAAAUAGAAGAAGUUCGAGAAAAUUUAUGGAAAGUAGAAUUGACCUUAACACAAAUAGAAGAUGAACAUUGGAAUAUACUGACAGCUCAUUUAAAUUCCAAAUAA